GGGUACAACUGGAGUGACCAGGUGUACAGUUGGAGUGACCAGGUGUACAACUGGAGUGACCAGGGGUACAACUGGAGUGACCAGGGGCACAACUGGAGUGACCAGGGGUACAGUUGGAGUGACCAGGGGUACAGUUGGAGUGACCAGGGGUAUAGCUGGAGUGACCAGGGGUACAGCUGGAGUGACCAGGCAUACAGCUGGAGUGACCAGGUGUACAGCUGGAGUGACCAGGUGUACAGCUGGAGUGACCAGGGGUACAGUUGGAGUGACCAGGGGUGCAGCUGGAGUGACCAGGGGUACAACUGGAGUGACCAGGGUUACAGCUGGAGUGACCAGGGGUGCAGCUGGAGUGACCAGGCAUACAGCUGGAGUGACCAGGGGUAUAGCUGGAGUGACCAGGCACAUAGCUGGAGUGACCAGGCAUACAGCUGGAGUGACCAGGGGUAUAGCUGGAGUGACCAGGGGUAUAGCUGGAGUGACCAGGGGUACAGCUGGAGUGACCAGGGGUGCAGCUGGAGUGACCAGGGGUACAGCUGGAGUGACCAGGUGUACAGCUGGAGUGACCAGGUGUACAGCUGGAGUGACCAGGGGUACAGCUGGAGUGACCAGGGGUACAGCUGGAGUGACCAACGGAUAUGGUCAACACUCAAAAGAAAGUCAAAACAAACAUACUAA